CCCGAUAAGAGCCCGAGGCUGCGACCGCCCAGUGCGGUGGCGCUGAGCUGGAGUUUCCGCGGACCUACCUGCUGAGACCUGAACGCAGCUGUAGCCGAGGGCCAGAGGCAGACCAAGAGGAAAAAGCACAGAAUCCCUAGGCUCCAGUCUUCCCAUGAGUAAGAGCAAAUGCUCCGUGGGACCCAUGUCCCCCAUGGUGGCCCCGGCUAAGGAGCCCAAUGCCAUGGGCCCCAGGGACGUGGAACUCAUCCUGGUCAAGGAGCAGAACGGGGUGCAGCUCACGAACUCCACGCUGAUCAACCCACCACGGAGCCCUGAGGAGGCCCAGGAGCGGGAGACCUGGGGCAAGAAGAUCGACUUUCUGCUCUCAGUCAUCGGCUUUGCAGUGGACCUGGCCAAUGUCUGGAGGUUCCCCUACCUAUGCUACAAAAAUGGUGGAGGUGCCUUCCUGGUGCCCUACCUGCUCUUCAUGGUCAUCGCUGGGAUGCCGCUCUUCUACAUGGAGCUAGCCCUUGGGCAGUUCAACAGGGAAGGGGCUGCCGGCGUCUGGAAGAUCUGCCCCAUCCUGAAAGGCGUGGGCUUCACGGUCAUCCUCAUCUCGCUCUACGUGGGCUUCUUCUACAACGUCAUCAUCGCCUGGGCGCUGCACUACCUCUUCUCCUCCUUCUCCGCGGAGCUGCCCUGGGUGCACUGCAACAACUCCUGGAACAGCCCCAACUGCUCCGACGCCCGCACCGCCAACGCCAGCGCCAGCCUGGGCCCCAACGACACGUUCGGGACCACGCCCGCCGCCGAGUACUUUGAGCGUGGCGUGCUGCAUCUCCACGAGAGCCGUGGCAUCGACGACCUGGGCCCUCCGCGGUGGCAGCUCACAGCCUGCCUGGUCCUGGUCAUUGUCCUGCUCUACUUCAGCCUGUGGAAGGGGGUGAAGACCUCGGGGAAGGUUGUGUGGAUCACAGCCACCAUGCCUUACGUGGUCCUCACCGCCCUGCUCCUGCGCGGUAUCACCCUCCCUGGGGCCCUGGACGGCAUCAGAGCCUACCUGAGCGUGGACUUCUACCGGCUCUGCGAGGCAUCUGUCUGGAUAGAUGCUGCCACCCAGGUGUGCUUCUCCCUGGGUGUUGGGUUCGGGGUGCUCAUCGCCUUCUCCAGCUACAACAAGUUCACCAACAAUUGCUACAGAGACGCGAUCGUCACCACCUCCAUCAACUCUCUGACCAGCUUCUCCUCCGGGUUCGUCGUCUUCUCCUUCCUGGGAUACAUGGCACAGAAGCACAACGUGCCCAUUGGGGACGUGGCCAAGGACGGGCCGGGGCUGAUUUUCAUCAUCUACCCUGAGGCAAUCGCAACACUGCCCCUGUCCUCCGCCUGGGCGGUGGUCUUCUUCGCCAUGCUGCUCACCCUGGGGAUCGACAGUGCCAUGGGUGGCAUGGAGUCCGUGAUCACGGGGCUGGUUGACGAGUUCCCGCUGCUGCACCGGCACCGGGAGCUCUUCACGCUCGGCAUCGUGCUGGCCACCUUCCUGCUCUCGCUCUUCUGCGUCACCAACGGGGGCAUCUACGUCUUCACACUGCUGGACCACUUCGCAGCCGGCACGUCCAUCCUCUUUGGAGUGCUCAUUGAAGUCAUCGGAGUGGCCUGGUUCUACGGUGUCCAGCAGUUCAGUGAGGACAUCAAGCAGAUGACGGGGCAGCGGCCCAGCCUGUACUGGCGUCUGUGUUGGAAGCUGGUCAGCCCCUGCUUCCUUCUGUUUGUGGUUGUGGUCAGCAUCGUGACCUUCAGGCCACCCCACUACGGAGCCUACGUCUUUCCUGCCUGGGCCAAUGCCCUGGGCUGGGUCAUCGCCACGUCCUCCAUGGCCAUGGUGCCCCUGUACGCAGCCUACAAGUUCUGCAGCCUGCCAGGGUCCUUCCGAGAGAAACUGGCCUAUGCUAUCACGCCUGAGAAGGACCGCCCGCUGGUGGACCGAGGGGAGGUGCGCCAGUUCACGCUGCGCCAUUGGCUCCUGGUGUAAACGGAGCCCACGGAUGACCAGGGCAGUCCUCUUGCCACAGGGAGACAGAGGAGGGAGAUUGACGUUUCCAGAGAAAGAGGGCCACUCCCACCCCUGCCUCUACUGAGAACGCAGCACGAGGCUCCAUCUCUGACUCCUCACCGCUUCACGCCCCAUAGAGGGCUCGCCCUGCGUCCUGCGUCCUGCGUCCUGUGAGAACAGCAGAGAUCCUCGUGGUGAGGUUCCAGCCUGUCCCAUCCCUGCACACGGGUCCACGUGGCUGGCUCCUCCCCUGCGGCCACCCUGGAACACGAUCUUGCUGUCACCCAUGCUCUGGGGAGAGGGACCCGGGUGACUGUACAUACACUGUGUGAGGACCCCUGUGCUCACGAUAGCUGCCUGGGUCAUUUAUUUUGCUCAGAUUUUAAAAGCCAAGUGUCCUGUUUUGUCUAAGUGUGCAGAAGGAGAGUCGGGGAGACCGCCCCGAGGCCCCACUCCUUUCCCGUGUGUGGCCAGGCUGGAUGUGAGCGCCCUGCCCGCCUGGCACCCCUCGUCUGUUUUGGCCAUGGACGACUGGGGUCUGGAACGUGGGAUUGGGCACUCUUUUGGCUUCUUGGUCAGCUCAUGGUCACCUCGCUGGGGACUUCCAGGCCAUGGGAGGAGGGCUGCUCCUUGUAAGCCACAUGCCGAAGCUCGAGGGCCCCUGGCACGUGGGAGCCACUAGGCAGCCUGCAGACACCCCGCGUGUCCUGGAGCUGGCCCUUGGGGAAGAACCAACAGGGUGUCGUUUCUCUCAGGCACCAUCACAUCUGUGGACACUUUUCCUGUUAGGGAGUGGCUUUUUAAAAUCACAUUUACCUUCGAAUCCAGACUAUUCUCACGGCCUAAGGUCAGUCUCUGCAUGUCUGUAUGCUGGUGGCUGGUUUUGUUGACAAAAGCUAUCAGCAAUACCAAGUGAAGAAGGCCACCCAGGGCCACCUCCACGGCACACUGGCUGCUGCCCCUGGAGGGAAGGGCACGUGUCCCCAGGUCACCUGGAGCUUCUGGAUGUGGCCUGCAGAGAGGUCGUACCCUGUGCCGUCCAGCAGGCGCAGGCUGCAUACAGAGCCCUCUGGGCCUCCCACAGGUGGACGUGGGCACCAGGGACUGGACCCUGACACUGGGGAAACUCGAGCCAUGUCCCUUGAGCCCCGCAGUCACGGCCAAGGCCCGUGCCUCCUCCUUGCCGAGGUGUGGCUCUGUAGAAGCAGGUGUCCUCAGCAUGCUAGCGUCUCCGCCGUCAGUGUCUGUGUGGUCCUCACGCACAAUAAAUGAAACCUGUCCAGAAAAUGGC